CCUGAUCGGCGAGCAGCUCGUAUAAAGUCGUGUCACCAGAGUUCCACAACUACAGAAACUGUAAAUCUAGAGAGAAGGGGUCACUGGAGUCGCUCGGAGCAAAAGUAGAAGGAUUUAAACCACACGAAUAUGGCGAGUAUUUUACCUGGUGAGGCGGCCUUCGCUGACUUCAAAAAACAAUGUCUCGCAACCGAGAACUGGCUGAAAAAGUUCGACGAGAAUGGGAUGCAAGUGUGGGUUGAAGUUCCUCCUGCCGUCAAGAAAAACCACGUACCUAAGGUUCACAAGAUCAAGUGUAAAAUGACAAUCAAAGACGUGUCAGCUGCCACCAUGUACGACGUCCUUCAUGACGGUCAGUACCGUAAGAAGUGGGAUCCGGCCAUGCUGGAAAGUUUCGACAUCGCCCGGCUCUCUCAGAAUGCUGAUGUGGGAUAUUACUCAUGGCUUUGUCCAAAGCCGAUAAAGAACCGAGAUGUUGUGACUCUGCGUUCGUGGCAGACGAUAGAUGACGAGUACAUUAUCAUUAACUUCUCGGUCAAACACCCGAAAUAUGCUCCUAGCAGGGAGCUUGUGAGAGCAGUUUCCAUUCUGACUGGAUAUUACAUCAAACCAACUGGACCAAACAGCUGCACUUUCAUAUACCUUUCACAAGCCGACCCCAAAGGUUCUCUUCCAAAGUGGGUGGUAAACAAAGCGUCCACACGUCUGGCUCCUCGGGUGAUGAAGUGUGUGCACAAGGCGGGCCGGGACUACAUCGAGUGGAAAGAGCAGAACUCCCCUGACCAGAAGCCGUGGCUCUACCCCGAUCAAAGCACGCUGCCCCCCAUGGACCCCGCUGAGCUGUCCAUACAGAGGGCCGACUCGCUGGAGAACGUGGAUGAAACUUCCAAGGUGGAGGCUCAGGACAGCGAGGACAGCAGCUGAAUCACCUCGCGGCAAUGGGAGGAAGGGUGGCCAUGAGGGGGAAGAGUGUGGGAGACAGACUGUAAAUACUCAAAAAAAAAGAAAGAAAGAAAGAAAAAAAGACUUGAGACCUCCAGCCCUCUGUGAGAUCACCCGAAUCCUCCACUUCUUCACAAAUCAGUGUGUGCCUUUUGGGAUGAGCAAUAGCAUGAAGUGUUUACAACUGUCUUAGCAGAUAGAAAUGAGCACAGAUCAAGUUCACCUCAGUCCAUGUUGAAGCUAAAUAUCUGUCUAGUGUUCGCCACCACGGUGUCAUUACAUGUGCAGGGUUAGAGGUGUCGGGAAUGUGACAUUGUUACAGCACUACAUUUACAAUGGGUCCUCUGUCGGGACGUUUUUAGUUGCAGCUACGUAAAAUACACAAAAGUACAGCGAAAGAAGUGACACUAAUCAUCCACCAGUGGUUCGUUACAAGUGACUGUGAAUGGAAACAAGAUUAGGUAUUGUAGUUACAGUUAGGUUAGUUUUUUUCUGACACUUUCUUUUUGUUAUAAAAAAUAAUUAAGACACUAGAAAAUUUGUUUUUCCUUUGGAGCCUGUAUUAGCAGACACUCGAAAUAGUCGCCAUACCCUGUUAAUGUGUAUUAAUAUGUUCAGAUUGCUUAAACGUAGUUGGAAAGUUGGAAAGGUUUUUGGGUUUGCGCAGCAGCUUCGAGUCUGUCUUUCAGAAAACAGUUUUUGAGCUUCAUGCAACCAGUCACCACGUUUGCAAAUGAUGCAGCUUUUAUAUGUGAACAUUCUAUCGUUGGCCCAACGUUUAAUUUAUGUGCACAGUUUAGAGAGCAACUUUGCCGAAUGUGUGUAACGAACAAGACUUUUCGGAGGUUUGUUGGAUUUUAUUCAGAUGUGCAAUCGAAGCAUUGUGAGGUAUGCAGAUGCUAGACUUCCAUCGACCUUGCAGUGAGAUGAGAAUGAACAUCUAGUUAGGCUGUAUUAACAGAAAAUGUACAUAGCAAUAUCACUUUACCUGAAGGAUUGGAAUGACCAUAAAGGGUAUCUUUUAUUUUAUUUAUUUAUUUGAAUUUAUUACAUGUUCAGAUGAAGUCGUGAUGGAGAACAGGCCUUGGAAUGAAGCCCUGCAGGCUGAGAUCCUUAGUUGUUUUUUUUCUUUAAGAUAUUUAAUGUUACAAAUGUUGCACUGUCUUGACUGUUUUUUAAAAAUAAAUCUCACAAGGUUAACCUGC